UUGUUUGUGGCUUGUCAGCAAUUGCUUGAGACAAGCUUCCAUGUGUGAAAGCUACUUGGCAUGAAUGCCUGGGCUGUACCAAGUGUCACAGCAGCGAGAGGGGGAGUCAGAAGAAAAACAGAUCAGACCAGAGCAGACAAUAGGCCCCUAAAGUGUUCCCCCUAAGUUGCUUUGAUGUUGUCCUAGUGUCUUGAUACCAGGAGGCCAGGGAUUGCAGGAAAAGGGUCUUUUUUUGUCUCCAUUCACUUUCCCCCCUCAAUUUCUGAAAUGAUUCUCCAGAAUUUCUCCUCAUAAAAAAAAGUUCUGGCCUGUUGACUUUAAAGUGUGACUAGCUGGUGUAUUUCUAAUUUGACUUGCCUGGCCUCCUCGAAGGAAGUCCAGAUCAUCCCUGGAAAGAUCUACAGUGUUCCAAUGUGGAGGAGCAAGAAGCAGGCUGAAAGCCUUUGAAGGUAUGAGCAUCUUUUGAGGAAAGAAGUCGGGCUCUCGUCUCCAGGAUGAGCACUGCUGUAUCGUGACCCCAGGGGUUCGGUGGGCCCCGGAGAUGCGAGAUCUUCCCUUGGCAGCAGGAAGCUCACACCUAGAGAAUGCUGGAGCUGCAGGGGGAAAGGGCCCACUACCACAGCAGAGAAAAGCCAAAAGGAAAAAGGCCUAGGGACAGACAGCGCUGAGGGGCGCCCCCCGCAGCUCCAACUGCCUCCCCCUGCCCCCUUCCCUAGAGGAGCCUGGCCAGCCGGUCCCCGUCUGUGAAUACAAGCUCAGGAUUUCAAUCAAUGCAUUCCAGUAACCCUAAAGUGAGGAAUUCUCCAUCAGGAAACACGCAGAGUAGCCCCAAAUCUAAGCAGGAGGUGAUGGUCCGUCCCCCCACAGUGAUGUCCCCAUCUGGAAACCCCCAGCUGGAUUCCAAAUUCUCCAAUCCGGGUAAACAGGGGGGCUCAGCCAGCCAGUCCCAGCCAUCCCCCUGUGAUUCCAAGAGUGGGGGCCACCCCCCCAAAGCACUCCCUGGCCCAGGUGGGAGCAUGGGGCUGAAGAACGGGGCUGGAAAUGGCGCCAAGGGAAAGGGGAGAAGGGAGAGAAGCAUUUCAGCAGACUCCUUUGAUCCGAGGGACGCUGGGACACCAAACGAUGAUUCUGAAAUCAAAGAGUGUAAUUCUGCGGAUCAUAUCAAGCCCCAGGAUUCCCAGCAUCCCGCACACUCCAUGACUCCUUCAAAUGCCUCAGCCCCAAGGUCUUCCACCCCCUCCCAUGGCCAGACGGCUGCGCCGGAGCCAGCUGCUGCCCAGAAGACGCCAUCCAAAGUGGUUUAUGUAUUUUCUACCGAAAUGGCCAAUAAGGCUGCCGAAGCUGUGCUCAAGGGCCAAGCUGAGACGAUCGUCUCCUUCCACAUCCAGAACAUCUCAAACAGCAAGACUGAGAGAAGUGCCGCCCCUCCGAACACCCAGAUCUCCACCCUUCGGAAUGAUCCCAAGUCUCUACCGCAGCAGCCUCCAGCUUCAGCCACCCAGGACCAGAAUUCUUCCCAGAACACCAAACUACAACUAACUCCACCCAUUCCGGCACCAGCACCCAAGUCUGCCGCUCCUCCCUGUCCCCUGGAUCAGGACAGUCCCGGAGUGGAAAACAAACUGAUCUCUUCUGCGGGAAGCCCAGCCAAUUCCACGCCGCUGCCCGCCGAAGGUUCUGGGCCAAACUCUACCCCCAACAACCGAGCGAUCACGCCUGUUUCCCAAGGGAGUAGUAGCUCCACCACGGAGCCCAAAGGUCCCCUCCCUCCCCCAGUGUCCAGUGGGGAGCCGCCUGCUCUGGGAGAGAACCCCGACGGGCUGUCCCAGGAGCAGCUGGAGCAUCGCGAGCGCUCCCUGCAGACGCUUCGAGACAUCCAGCGCAUGCUCUUUCCCGACGAGAAGGAGUUUUCGGGGGCACAGACUGGCGGACCCCCGCAGAGCUCGGGCAUGCUGGAUGGACCGCAGAAGAAGCCGGAGGGUCCCAUCCAGGCCAUGAUGGCCCAGUCCCAGAGCCUGGGCAAAGGGCCUGGACCUAGGACCGAUGUGGGAGCUCCCUUUGGCCCUCAGGGACACAGAGAGGUGCCCUUUUCACCCGAGGAGAUGGUCCCACCCCCCAUGAACUCCCAGCCGGGGCCCAUGGGCCCCGACCACCUGGAUCACAUGACUCCUGAGCAGAUGGCGUGGCUGAAGCUGCAGCAGGAGUUCUAUGAGGAGAAGAGGAGGAAGCAGGAGCAGGUGGCUGUGCAGCAGUGCUCCUUGCAGGACAUGAUGGUCCAUCAGCACGGGCCCCGAGGAGUGGUCCGGGGCCCUCCCCCGCCCUACCAGAUGGCCUCCAGUGAAGGCUGGGGGCCUGCGGGGCCGGAGCCUUUUGCCGAUGGUAUAAACAUGCCUCAUUCCCUGCCCCCAAGGGGCGUGGCUCCUCCCCCCAACAUGCCGGGAAGUCAGAUGCGUCUUCCAGGAUUUGCAGGAAUGAUAAACUCUGAAAUGGAGGGGCCAAGUGUCCCCAACCCUGCAUCCAGACCGGGUCUUUCUGGAGUCAGCUGGCCGGAUGAUGUGCCAAAAAUUCCGGAUGGACGCAAUUUCCCUCCAGGCCAGGGAGUCUUCAGUGGCCCUGGCCGAGGGGAGCGCUUCCCAAACCCUCCAAGUUUGUCUGACGAGAUGUUUCCACAGCAGCUGGCAGAGAAGCAGCUGGGCCUCCCCCCUGGGAUGAGCAUAGAAGGUAUCAGACCCAACAUGGAGAUGAGCAGGAUGAUCCCAGCGUCCCAGCGGCACAUGGAGCCUGGGAGCAAUCCCCUUUUCCCUCGCAUACCAGUAGAGGGGCCCCUGAGCCCUUCCAGGGCCGACUUCCCAAAAGGAAUGCCCCCACAGAUUGGCCCGGGCCGGGACCUUGAGUUUGGGAUGGUUCCCAGUGGCAUGAAGGGGGAUGUCAACCUGAACGUCAACAUGGGCUCCAACCCUCAGAUGAUACCUCAGAAAAUGAGGGAGGCUGGGGUGGGGCCUGAGGAAAUGCUGAAACUACGGCCAGGUGGCUCCGAGAUGCUCCCCUCCCAACAAAAGAUGGUACCCCUGCCAUUUGGUGAUCACCCCCAGCAGGAGUAUGGCAUGGGCCCCAGGCCUUUCCUUCCCAUGUCUCAGGGUCCGGGCGGCAACAGCGGUCUUCGGAAUCUCAGAGACCCAGUUGGGCCUGACCAAAGGACUAACAGCCGGCUCAGCCACAUGCCACCACUACCUCUCAACCCAUCCAGUAACCCUGCCAGCCUCAACACUGCUCCCCCUGUUCAGCGCAGUCUGGGACGUAAGCCCUUGGAUAUCUCUGUCGCCGCUAGCCAGGUGCAUUCUCCAGGCAUUAAUCCUCUCAAGUCUCCCACGAUGCGCCAGGUCCAGUCACCGAUGCUGGGCUCACCCUCGGGGAACCUCAAGUCGCCCCAGACUCCAUCACAGCUGGCGGGCAUGCUGGCAGGUCCGGCUGCUGCUGCUUCCAUUAAGUCCCCUCCUGUCUUGGGGUCUGCUGCUGCUUCACCUGUUCACCUCAAGUCUCCAUCACUUCCUGCCCCUUCACCUGGAUGGACCUCCUCUCCAAAACCUCCACUGCAGAGUCCCGGGAUCCCUCCAAACCAUAAAACGUCUCUCACAAUGGCUUCCCCAGCCAUGAUGGGAAAUGUAGAGUCAGGUGGUCCACCGCCUCCUACUGCUGGCCAGUCUGCUUCUGUGAAUAUCCCCGGAAGUCUUCCCUCUAGCACCCCUUACACAAUGCCUCCAGAACCUACCCUUUCCCAGAAUCCUCUCUCCAUCAUGAUGUCUCGAAUGUCCAAGUUUGCAAUGCCCAGUUCCACCCCACUUUACCAUGAUGCCAUCAAGACUGUGGCCAGUUCGGAUGACGACUCCCCUCCAGCUCGCUCUCCCAAUUUGCCAUCAAUGAAUAACAUGCCAGGAAUGGGCAUUAACCCCCAGAAUCCUCGAAUUUCAGGCCCAAACCCAGGGGUUCCAAUGCCAACCCUCAGCCCGAUGGGAAUGACCCAGCCACUCUCUCACUCUACCCAGAUGCCCUCUCCAAAUGCUAUGGGACCCAGUAUACCUCCUCAUGGGGUUCCCGUGGGGCCCGGUCUGAUGUCACACAAUCCGAUGAUGGGGCACGGGUCCCAAGAGCCCCCCAUGGUACCUCAAGGACGAAUGGGGUUCCCACAGGGGUUCCCUCCAGUACAGUCCCCUCCACAGCAGGUGCCCUUCCCCCACAACGGCCCCAGCGGAGGUCAAGGCAACUUUCCAGGAGGCAUGGGCUUCCCUGGGGAAGGCCCCCUGGGCCGUCCGAGCAACCUGCCCCAAAGCUCCACGGAUCCAGCACUUUGUAAGCCUGGAGGCCCCGGGGGUCCUGACUCCUUCACCGUCCUGGGAAACAACAUGCCUUCAGUCUUCACAGAUCCCGAUCUGCAGGAGGUAAUCCGACCUGGAGCCACUGGAAUACCUGAGUUUGAUCUAUCCCGGAUCAUCCCAUCAGAGAAGCCCAGCCAGACACUGCAGUAUUUUCCUCGAGGGGAAGUCCCAGGCCGCAAACAGCCCCAGGGUCCUGGGCCUGGGUUCUCACACAUGCAGGGGAUGAUAGGCGAACAGGCCCCGAGAAUGGGACUAGCAUUACCUGGCAUGGGGGGCCCGGGCCCUGUGGGAACUCCAGAUCUUCCUCUGGGUACAGCUCCGUCCAUGCCAGGACACAACCCGAUGAGACCACCGGCCUUUCUGCAGCAAGGCAUGAUGGGCCCUCACCAUCGGAUGAUGUCACCAGCACAAUCUGCAAUGCCUGGCCAGCCCACCCUGAUGAGCAACCCUGCGGCUGCUGUCGGCAUGAUUCCUGGCAAGGAUCGAGCCCCUGCUGGACUCUACACCCACCCAGGGCCUGUGGGCUCUCCGGGCAUGAUGAUGUCAAUGCAGGGCAUGAUGGGACCCCAACAGAACAUCAUGAUCCCCCCACAGAUGAGGCCUCGAGGCAUGGCUGCUGACGUGGGCAUGGGUGGAUUCAGCCAAGGACCCGGGAACCCAGGGAACAUGAUGUUCUAAGCUGCUAAGACUGGAUGUGCUGAUCCUUGUCACGAUGAGAUUCCAGGUCCGGAGCUACUUGAAGGGAGCUCCAGGAAGCGCAGUUGGUCACGCAAUAGGAGAACAGAGACCCGAGGGCUGCUUUGGGGGAAAAAAAAAAGAAAAAAAAAACUCGAAUGUAUGAAUUUACCUGAAAACAAAUUAUUCAUUUAAUCAACAGGUGUGUUUUUUUUAAGAUUUAUUUUUUAAAAAUUAUUUUUGUGGACUUGGGUAUCCCAUGAUGGCACCUACUUUUGAGACUCUGUAGCUGUACUUUGAGAAUCGCCAUUUGUCAUGAGUUGCACCAUUCUCUGUAUGUUUACGUCCUUCGGACUGGCUUCUCCCAGGACUCUUGGGUUUUUUUGUUUGUUUGUUUGUUUUAUUUGGGGUUUUAUUUUUUUGUGUACUGUACUAUAUUGUAAAAGGGAAUUUAGCAGAGACUUUAGUCUUUGGGGUGAGAGGAGAAUGGGAAUGAAUGCCAGGCUGUUUACUUUGGGUGGAGAGCCCAUCGCAGACCUUUGGACUGUUUUCUUUCAACUCCAUUGUAUAGAAAAACCAAACUACGACCUCAGAGCAGAGUAUUAAUGAAAAGCACAAAAAAGGAACUAAGUUCAGCAGGGGGUGGGCGGGGGGGAGGGGGCUUUCUUUUAAAGUAACAAAGUUUAGGACAUUUAUUUUUCUUUUCAGCUUGGGUGCUGGUUGGCACCUUCUGCCUCUUCCCUACACACGAUCACAGUCAUCGCCAUCCUCUCCUCUUCCUCGCCUCCCCUCUGUAAAUGUAUUCCCUUCUCAUUGUCUUCUGCCUUCUACCCUCCUCCUUUUCUCUUUGGCAGCUGCAAUACUUGGUGUUCUUUUGGGGGAAAAAUAAUCUAGCAGAGCCUUACCUUUUCCUCCGUGCCUCGAGUUCUCUUGGUGUCAGGAGGGAAAGACUGUCCUUGGGAUGCUCUGGUGUUCUACAAUCUUCUUUAUUCUCUUCUCUGCCUCUCUCUUUCCCAUCCCUCCAUCUCCCUUCUCCCCUUCCACCCCCCCCCCCAGUAUUUUUUCUGUUCUUUGAUUAGGAAUCCCCCAAGCGAUUUUUAUUAACAUGGGAGUGGAACAGAUGCUAAAAGCUAUCCAGGUUUUUAUUUGUGUGUGGGUUUUUUUUUGUUUUGUUUUGUUUUGUUUUUUUGGGUUGUUUUUUUUUUUAAUUUGUGGUUCCUUCCCUUUCCUACCCCCUCCCAAGCGUAAAACGUUCUGUGUAACCUCCAUUAAAUUUGGUACAAAACCACUCGCCAGGGCUGUGGUGU